GAAAUGGACAUGGAGGGUGCCCUCAACGCAAGGGACCAAGUUGGCAUUCAAGACUUUGUUCUCUUGGAUGAGACAACAGAGGGAGCCUUCCUCAACAACCUCAAGAAACGCUUCAGCAAGGAUCUCAUUUACACCUACAUUGGCACUUUAUUGGUAUCUGUAAACCCCUACAAAGAGUUGGAUAUCUACAAUAAGAAACAGAUGGAUUUGUACAUGGGGGUCAACUUUUUUGAGCUUCCACCACAUAUCUAUGCUCUGGCCGACAACGCCUACCACACCAUGUUGACCGAGUUCAACAAUCACUUCAUCCUCAUCUCGGGAGAGAGCGGAGCAGGGAAGACGGAAGCCUCCAAAAAGAUUCUACAGUAUUACGCAGUCAGCUGUCCAAGCACUGCUCUGCUCAACACUGUCAGGGACAAGAUGCUCAUGUCCAACCCUGUCCUUGAGGCUUUUGGGAAUGCCAAAACGCUGAAAAAUGACAACUCAAGUCGAUUUGGAAAGUAUAUGGACAUUCAGUUUGAUGGUGAGGGCGAUGCAGUUGGUGGGCACAUCCUAAACUACCUGCUUGAAAAGUCCAGGGUGGUGCAUCAGAACCACGGGGAGAGAAACUUCCACAUUUUCUACCAGCUCCUGGAGGGAGGAGAGGAGGACCUGCUGCACCAGCUAGGCCUGGAGAGAGACUGUCAGCAUUAUAGCUAUCUAACCCAAGGAGAGUGUGCCAUUGUGCCAUCUAUCAAUGACAGAAAUGACUGGAAGACAGUCAAAAAUGCACUUCAAGUUAUUGACAUUGAUGCGAUCAACACAAAUCACUUGUUUGGGAUCGUUGCGAGUGUUCUUCACCUGGGGAAUGUUAAGUUUCAGCCUGACAGUAAAGGUUGUGCCACCCUCAACAACACCAAUGCGGAGUUACGUUGGGUGUCAAAUCUUCUUGGAAUUGAUGCUCACAGUCUGCAAGAAGGUUUAACGUACAGGAAGAUUGAAGCCAAAACGGACCAGGUGCUCAGUCCAUUUUCUCUGGAUCACGCCAUCUAUGUGCGGGAUGCCCUGGCCAAGGCCAUUUAUGGGCAUACCUUCACCUGGCUGGUAAACAGGAUAAAUGAGUCCAUGGAGAACACUGACCCUUCAAGAAAAACUGUCAUUGGACUUUUGGACAUCUACGGUUUUGAGGUUUUUAAUAUCAACAGUUUUGAGCAGUUCUGUAUAAACUACUGCAACGAGAAGCUCCAGCAACUUUUCAUCCAGCUCACGCUCAAGGCAGAGCAGGAAGAAUAUCAAGCGGAGGAUAUUGAGUGGGAGCCGGUGCAGUUUUUCAAUAACAAGAUCAUUUGUGAUCUCGUGGAGGAGAGACAUAGAGGAAUCAUAUCAAUCCUGGAUGAGGAGUGUCUGAGACCAGGAGAGGCUACAGACCUCACAUUCCUGGAGAGACUGGAAGAAAAAAUGGGGAACCACCCGCACUUUGUCUCACACAAGCUGGCAGACAAAAAGACACGGAGGACGAUGGAAAGAGGAGAUUUUCGUCUCUUGCAUUAUGCCGGCGAGGUCACCUAUUGUGUUGUGGGUUUUCUGGAUAAAAAUAAUGACCUCUUAUACAAAAACAUUAAAGAUCUGAUAUGUCAAUCAAAAAACAGCAUUGUCAGGCAAUGCUUCUCCUGCAUGGACCCGGACAGCAGGCGGAGACCAGAAACAGUGGCCACCCAGUUUAAGAGCAGCCUGCUGAAGCUGACAGAGAUCCUCAUGGCCAAAGACGCCUGGUACAUACGUUGCCUUAAAUCCAAUGAGUCCAGGAAGCCAGGACAGUUUGAUGAAGCUCUCAUCAGACAUCAGAUCAAAUAUUUGGGCCUGAUGCAGCACCUGAGAGUCAGACGUGCUGGUUUUGCGUAUAGGAGGAAGUACGAUGUCUUUUUACAUCGCUAUAAAGCUCUGUGCCCAGCCACUUGGCCACACUGGAGAGGAGAACCUGCUGAUGGUGUGUUGGUGCUGGUUCAACAUCUGGGCUAUUUUCCAAAUGAGUACAAAAUGGGAAGAACCAAAAUAUUCAUCCGCCAUCCAAGAACCUUGUAUGCUACAGAGGAUGCGUUCGAAAAGUGCAAACAUCAAUUAGCAUCAAGACUCCAGGCCAAAUACAAAGGCUACCGGGCAAAGGGCGAGUUUCGAAAACAGAAGGAGGCCGCAACAAAGAUCGAGACAUGUUGGAGAGGAGUGCAGGCAAGGAAGGAGAGAGACAAGAGAGUGUGGGCUGUGAAAGUCAUUAAACAAUUCAUCAAAGGCUACAUGACCAGAGGGCAAGCAAAAGUCACAGAUAACUCAGAGUAUUUGGCCUUUGUGAGACAGAAUUACCUGAACCGGCUUAAAGAAAACUUGCCAAAAAACGUAUUGGAUAAAACCACGUGGCUAUCUCCACCUCAAGUGCUGGCCGAGACGUCGGAAAUACUUCGUAAACUGCACUACCGCCUCAUGGUGCGGAAAUACGUUAGAGGGAUCACGCCCCAGAGGAAAAUACAGCUUCAAAUGAAGUUCAUUGCCAGCUCCAUAUUCAAGGGGAAAAAGGAAAGUUAUCCACAAAGUGUCGCCCAACCUUUUGUAGAAACACGAAUCAGUGAUCAAGAUAUCAACGCGAGGGUCUUACAAAUGAUUCGACAUGAGCACAUCAAGUACAGCGUCCUGAUGAUUAAAUACGACAGGAACGGUUUCAAAACGAGGCCGCGGCAGCUCAUCUUCACCCAGGCGGCGGCCUACAUGGUGGAGGAGGCAAGGAUCAAACAGAGAAUUUCCUAUACUGCUCUCAAAGGGAUUUCCGUCAGUAAUUUGACUGACAGCAUCAUUGUGUUACACGUAACAUGUGAGGAGCCCAAACAAAAGGGAGAUCUUGUACUGCAGUGCAACCACUUGUUUGAGCUGGUGACCAAACUCAGCAUCAUUGCUAACAAGCAAAAUGCAGUCAGGGUGAGCCAAGGCAGCAUCAAGAUAGAGUUUCAGCCUGGAAAAGAGAGCGUGAUAGAAUUCACCAUUGGCCCGGAGCCGAACGUGUACAAGGCCAAGAAUGGACACCUCAUGGUGGUUGCCACUCGGGCCAGGCCGAGGUAACACGAGGGGUAGAGGAGACACACAAGGCCCCUUGCAUAUUUCAUCAGAAACCCCAAAGCUGGAGAGAUAUGGCCACUGGAUAAACCUCUGACCUCAACUGUUAUGCACUUUAGGAUGGGCCUAUGCAAUGAAUGAUGUCAUCACUUCCUCAUUGAUUAAAUUUACACUCAUACCAUCGGAUAUUUUAAUCAGCUACUUUUUAUCAACUCACCCACCAUAAAGUGCACUAUAUUUACAAGAAGUAUUAAUAUUACUAUUGAUAGUUGUAGUUACACUGCAGUGGUACAACAAUUAUAAUACAUAUUGCAAAAAUUAAAAAUGUUGCAUGUUAAAAGCAUAAUUUUGGUAAUAUUUUUGGAUGCUUGCACUUUGGGCUGUUAUCUCUAAUGAAAUGUGUACAGUAGAAGCUUUGUAUGUUUCCUAGCAAUCAGAACAUGCAAGAUAAAACCAGAAGCAAUUCAUACAUUUAUAGAAAUUUAUUUUAGAUGUAUAAAUAUAUAACAUAUACAAUCUGUACAAUAGAUCUACGAGUGAUUGUUACACAUAUUGAUUUAUAACUGUGCAAAACUGAACUUUCUGUGAUGGGCAGCGUCAAUUUACCCCCUUGAUAAAAAGCAUGUCCAUGCAAAUCUGUUUCUGGCAGGGAGAUCUUCAGUUACACUUGUUCACCCCAAUCUUAGCAUCUAUCCAUCAUGAAGUCCAUAUUACCACCACAGGUGAGGGCUCAAGUUACCGCCAUACAAAAUAAGAACAGAAAAAGAAUAAGGGUUCAAACUAAAUAAGGUAGACUUGGAAAUAUUUGAUCCACUUCUGUGUAUUAAACAAUAACAUCUAAUAAAAAUGUCUAAGAAUAAAAACAGUGCCAUCAGGUGGCCACUUCGUGAUUAACACUUGGGUCAUUCUCUGAAUGAUCAGUGAAGCACUCAAAGCCACAUGGAAAGGAAAAUAUGACAUGAUCCACUUGUAACUACUGACAUCAUAAUUUUUUGAUCUCCUUAGGACCACUUGUGAUGAACACACAUACAACAUAGACGUUAGUUGAAACUUCGGUGAACAACCACAUAUGAUUAUGAACUUCUGCGUGCCAGAAGACAACCGUGAUACAAUUGAACACACACUGCAGUCAGUUAGCCAGACCGCAGCAAAGGAGACACAACGAACACAUGAACGGCACAGCUACACACUAAUACCGUCUCCUGGUAAUGCAUGUUAGAGAGGCGCUGUUGAGGGAAGGUCUAAGGCACGGGUGCGGUGCAA